UAAACACUAUAGUAAAGUAAUAUGGCAGACGAAGAAGAUCCAUGGGGUUUCGACGACGGCGGCGAGGCGGAGCAGGCGGCUUCAUCCACCCAGGCAUCCAAUCAGGGCACUCCGGCCGUGCCCUCCAAGGCACCUAGUGUGGCGUCCGAUCACAAGGCUGAUAGCGUGGUGGCUGGGACUCCGGCCAACGAGGAGGUUCCUGCUGAAGAAAUCGAGGAAAUCAAAGCGCCUCCACCUCCGCCAGAAGAUGAUGGGUACAGGAAACCCGUACAAUUGUACCGGCACUGGGUCAGGCCGAAAUUUCUCCAAUACAAAUAUAUGUACAACUACAGAACCAAUUAUUACGAUGAUGUAAUUGACUAUAUUGACAAAAAACAAACUGGAGUGGCACGGGAAAUACCAAGACCUCAGACGUGGGCGGAACGUGUCCUGCGCACACGGAAUAUCAGUGGCAGUGACAUUGAUUCUUAUGCACCAGCAAAGAGGGACAAACAAUUAAUUCAAACACUGGCUGCCUCAAUAAGAACUUAUAAUUACCAUACCAAGGCAUACAUUAACCAAAGGUAUGCUAGUGUCCUUUAGUGAGUGCACUUAAAUAGAGUAAUAGAACCGUUAUAAAAGAUGAAUACUCGUAGUUAUAAAAAAGAUAAACAGUUUAACAUGAUCUAUACAUUAUAGUCAGUCAGUAAGCGUUUGUAUAUCUGCGCAUCUCCACACUCUGUAUUGGCCUUAUAUAAUGAGGUUAAUAACGCUCGGUAACACUUUUCAAGAACCAAAAAAUAUAUUUUGUAUAUUUUCUAACGAGCGUAAUUUCUGUUAAUAUAUUUUUAUAUAUAUUUAUAUAUAUUAACACAACUUACCUCUCAAUACAUGGUAUUUUUAAGAUUAUUUACUUCAUUUUUAGCAAAGUAAAUAAAUUAAAAAAGAUAAAUUAUAUUUUAAAGCUUAAAAUAAAAAACUGUGCAAUAA